AUUAAAACAAGCGAGCGAGCCUGGUCUUCAGGAGUAGGUUAUGUUGAAACGAAAUAGAAAAGGUAGAGACCGACUGUGGAAGGAGUAAACACUUUCUAUCGGUGUACUUGAUGGGAAUGCUGUGCAUUUUGUAUGGCCAUUCAUGAAUGGGACUUUAGUUUUUACAUUUCGAUUGGAUUUUAUAUUUUGAUACAGCCUACUUUUGGAGACCUUCAUGGUCGUUCGUGGACGUACAGUGUAGGCUACUUGCAUUAAUGUCUUAGCCAUAAAAGAGGACGUGGAAGUAGAGCAAAACAUACCUGUUUAUUAACUUGCAACCAUGUCUAUGCUUCCAACUUUUGGCUUUACGCAAGAGCAAGUUGCGUGCGUCUGCGAGGUCCUCCAACAAGGUGGAAACAUCGAACGGCUCGGGCGCUUUUUGUGGUCUUUACCCGCGUGUGAGCACCUCCACAAAAAUGAAAGUGUUCUCAAAGCCAAAGCUGUGGUCGCCUUUCACAGAGGAAAUUUCAGAGAGCUUUAUAAGAUACUUGAGAGCCACCAAUUUUCCCCUCACAACCACCCGAAGCUGCAGCAGCUGUGGCUCAAAGCACAUUACAUCGAGGCGGAGAAGCUCCGAGGCCGCCCUCUCGGGGCUGUGGGAAAGUACCGUGUCCGCAGAAAGUUCCCCCUGCCUCGGUCUAUCUGGGAUGGCGAGGAGACAAGUUACUGUUUCAAAGAGAAGAGCCGGAGCGUGCUCAGAGAAUGGUACACGCAUAACCCCUACCCUUCCCCGCGAGAGAAGAGGGAGCUCGCCGAGGGCACCGGGUUGACAACCACACAAGUCAGUAACUGGUUCAAAAACAGACGGCAAAGAGACCGCGCUGCAGAAGCUAAGGAAAGGUACGAGUAAGUAAAUGUUUACUCGUUGUCUUAUUGCUUAUAUUUUCAAUGUUUAUGUGUGCGUAAAAGUCUGGACGCUGACUUUACCUUGUAUUAUUUGUUAGGAAAUACUGACUCCUACAUUUUAUCCUCUCAUUUCAAAUCAGGUUAUUCUAAAUUAAAUAAUAUUUUAUUUUAAGCUAUCAUUGAUAAUAAUUAUAACUUUGAUAAACACAAGCAAACUAAUAUCAUGCUAUUAUUAUUUUACCAUUUAACCUAUCCAUAGGGUUAAAUGACGCAUGCCUAUAAAUAUGAACACUAGUUAAAUUUAAAAGAAAACGUAAGGAAUUAUCCUUAAAGAUAUAGAGGACUUGAACGUGUACAUGUAGGCCUGGGUUAGCUGUUUUGCACACAAAACAAAGUUCCUUGAAUGCCAGGAUGUUGAUAUUCUGCUAGAGGGUGGUAGUUAUUUUGCUAUUGCUUACUGAGCUGUUUGUACAUUUCAAAGUUUCGAAAUUAUAGGCCUACUGUAAAGAGGACAUUUAAUGUCUUUAGUCAUGUGUUCACUCAGAGGGUGUCUUCUUUCACCCGCUGGUGACUUAUUCAAGCUGAAACCACUGCGUAAAUCAGGCCUUCCCACUUUAAAACCAUGAGUCAUUGCGUUGCGACCGUGAAUGUAUGCCUAAUACAGGUUUAGCAAUAAUUAUGCAUGUCAUUUACGCCUGCCAGCUUGUGUGUAUACAAUUGAGGUUUGACAUUAUGCCUUCAUACCCAUAUAAGCCCAAACUAACUGUCUAGACCAGUUUAGAUAUCAUUGAAAUGGCUCAACAUUUUUUUCCUAACGUUGACAUGCUGGACUACGGUAGUGACAAAUGUCUAUUCGUCCUCAUUAUGGCUAUAGGGUAAGUGGUGUUUGAUCAAAUGUGUUUAGAAACGGCUAAAUGCAAUUCAGAUUUCUAAUAAUAGUCUAAUUAUAGCAAUAAUAUAAUAACAGUUAAGUUAUAAAUAUAAUAUAAAUUACCUAGUGUGUGUGUGUGUGUGUGUGUGUGUGUGUGUGUGUGUGUGUGUUUGCGCUCGCUCUUAACGCUCUUGUGAUGACUGCAUUUAGUAGCCAGUUUGUAUUAUGCGGCCAAACAAAAUCUGCACGAUGAGACUAGAUGACGCAAGAAAAUCGAACACUGAUCCUUGUUUCAGAAAGGCUUUGACACAUGAAUUUCACACAUUGUUGUUUUAACAGCUGCAUAGCCUUCUAUAACUUCUUAUAAAAAAUACAACAUAGGCCAAUGACAGCAACGACAUAACCUACACUGCUCAUUUACCAGUUCCUUUUCAUCCAUAGGCCUGGAACGUGUAUAUUAAAAUCUGUACUCCUACUAAAUUCUUAAUCUAACAGCUCAGGAUAAUUAUGAUGAGCCUAUAGGCGUAUGUGUCGUUUGCAGGCGAAUGCAUUUUUGUAAAGGCUACCUGACAAUAUGGGCUAAUGUAGGCUACAUUCUAAUUUACCAUAUUAUUCUAUUUCCUUUUUACAGGGAAAACAACGAAAACUCCAACACCAACAGCCACAACACAUUGACUUCUUCCAUGAAUGGAAAUAAAACACUUUUGGGGAGCUCAGACGACGACAAAACGCUUUCAGGUACUCCGGAUCACACUUCGUCGAGCGCGGCUAUGCUCCUCGCUUCAAACUCAGGGCUGCAGAUGCACGGCCUCGCGCCUCCACCUGGGCCUAGCGCCAUCCUCGUGCCCAGCCAUGACUCUGUGCACCAUCAUCACUCUUUGAACGACACUAUACUGAACCCUAUGUCGUCCAACCUGGUCGACCUCGGCUCUUAA